CGUCAAGCGAGAUUUGGCUACGUUAGUUCACGUUAUUACGAUUUGCAAAGAAAAACAAUCGCAAUUUUAUGCGUUAAAACACAUUUUUUGAUACACGACUGUCAAAACAUUUCCUUUUGACAAAAAUGAAUUUAAAGUCAUUGUUGGGCUGUGGAUAGGUGCAGAUGCAACUUAAAGAAAUUCGGAAGUCAUUACUUAAAGAAAGUUAUUUGUUGUAAGUCAUGGAGACAGUUGACUACAGCCAGACAGCAGAAGAUCAUCAAACAUUUCUUGUACUUAUUAAACCAACAGGAAAAUUGUUAUCAUGGAAGCAUUUUUCACGAUGUUGGGACCGCAUUUGUCAGUUGGACUGUGUAGCCGUACCUGGUCAAAAGCGUGAUAUGUAUAUACGCUAUAAACGAGCAUACACGAAAGAAAGUAAUGAAUGGGGCGAUUUUCAGGCUCACAGGAAAGCAAUGGGCUUAAUUUCUAUUGGACGUUGCUCAACGGAAGCAGAAUUUGAGGAAUUGUUUGAAAGCUACAAGAAAGAAAAAGAACGUUACGCAGAUACAUUGUAUAAUUCCAGACUGGUCGUGUUCGGUAUGAACACAGACGGGACGGAAAUAAAUGAACAGCAGCAGAAAUCCUUCAUGAUUGAAGGCAUGUCACCCCCAUUGACUUUCAAAAUUGAUUCUGAGAAAAGUGAAACCACUGACCGUUCAGACUGUGAUAAAGGAGAUGGAACUAUUACCCCUGAAAAUAAAAAGAGUAACGGACAGGUUGGUGAUGCGGAACAACUAGAUGACCCUUUGAGAAAGUCGUUAGAUGAAAACACAGAAAUGUCAAAGAAAGUCGAAAACGGGACUGGUUCACCGAAAAAGGAAUUGAACGAUACUAGUUCACAGAUUACUUUUAUUAGACAAAAGACUGAAAAAGUUGAUAAAAGUAUUGAAUCAGUAAAGCAAUCUGUGACGAGAACACCUAGUAAUAAUAGUUUAAGAGACAAACCAGGUUCGGAAGUGGUAUUUUACCCGAGUGUUGAUAUGUGUGAUGGUUUAGAGGAAAGUGUUCGAGAAUUUGUGACAUCUCUUUUCUUUGUCCUUGAAGGGAAAAGAUUAGACAGGUCAUUUGAACGUCUUGACAAGUCGCAGUUAUUGUGUGCACCAUUUGAGAAGAAAGACUUUGUGGGCGUUGAUCCGGACACCAAGUCAUACAAGAAGAAAUGUCAAGGUCGAUUAAGAAAGCACUUGGCUGACCUCAGUUUGCUAGCUGGUCUACCGGGGGAAGCCAUGUUACAUUAUAGCACCGCUAUAGAUAUUCUGAAACCAGUCAAUGAUUGGCUAUGGAUGGCAGGUUGUUAUGAAGGACUUUGUGCAGCAUCUGUAGUCACUACUCUCCGAAACUCUCAGAUGACCACGAUUCGAAGAAACCAGUCUUUCUCUGUGAAACGAGGAGUUGCUGGCCUUGAAAAGCCGAAACCAGGUAGUAAAAUACAUAGUUACUCAAAUGGUUUACAAGAACUUCCAGAGGUGACGAGUAAAUCUGGUCUCAACCCUGAUGAUAUGAUUGAAAAAUACAAAGAUGCUCUUAUGUUUUACAGCAAGUACAAGAAUGCAGCUGUGAUAGAGAUGGAAGCUAGUUUUAAAGCUUGUCGUGUUCUUCUUUUACAUAGGAAAUAUUUACAAGCAUCAGAUUUCCUACAGAAUGUUGUGUACAUUAACCUACAGUUGAGUGAUGAAGAUAGGAUUAACCGAUACAGUACGUUAUCAACGCUAUAUGCUCAAAUAGGAUUCAAAAGAAAGGCAUCAUUCUUCAAACGAGUGGCAGCCAUGCAGUGCGUGGCCCCUCAAAACCCUAAACCAAACUGGGUUGUUUGUCAUCAGUUACUGGUUCAAGCUUUAGAGGGUUACAGGAUAUACCUCGACCCUUCUGAUUCAACAACAAAACCAGGAUAUAUGAAUGGCUGGCCAGUGUUACAGAUGAGGGUGUUACAUGAGUUAAUAUACUCCGCUCGGAGAAUGGGCAAUGUUUCUCUAGCUAUAAGGUACAUGACAAUCUUACUGCACACCCAGCUACAGUAUAUGACAGUACAGGAGAAACGCGAGCUGGUGGCGAGCCUCGAGAACUUCACCUCACAGCAUGAGGGGACCACACAGCCACUGGCCCUAGACUCUGGUGUGAUUGUACCCCAUGUCCCACUUCUCACUCUUCCACUUGUCAAAUCAUUCAAACUAAUGCCACUUCAAAAUCACCUAGAACCAAAGAAAUUACAGUCCGUACAGGUGGUGCCAGAUAAUGUGUUUAUAUUUACACCACUUAACAUCGGUGCAACUGAUACUGGUGCUUUAAAAACUCAUAUGGAUUUUAAAUGGGUAGAAGGCGACAUGGCCGAGGUACAGUUGCAAGUCAGUAAUCCCAUGCCCGAUGAACUGAAGCUAUCUCAGAUUACGCUGAUCACUGAGGGUGUAGAGAUCGAAUCUGUCCCAACUGCUCCCAGCAUUCCCGCCGAGUCCGGAUCAUAUCUUGUUAAAAUAUUGGUGCGGCCCACGUCAACAGGCGAUCUUAAAAUACUAGGUUACAGCACUAAGGUAUAUGGUGCAAAAAGCAAUUGUCGUUUACGAGACUGUGCAACAUUUCCGGAGUCAUUUUUCACAGUGACGGUGAUUCCAGCUUUACCUCAAAUAAACUUGACAUCUUCUCUGCCAAAAUCUGCCAACUUCCUCUCAUUCGGAGAGGAGUUUAACAUGGUGACAAGUGCGACAGCUGUAUUGUAUAUGGGACAAAGUUCAGAGUGUACAGUGACAUUACAGAAUAGUGGUAAACUUCCAGUUGAACUGGUUAAUGUCAGUCUCGAAUCUACCCGCGACAAUAAAGAUUAUGUUUGUGAUGUUUUUAAAUGGAAUAAAGAGAACAUUGAUUCUCAGCUGCCUCUACAAGUAUCUCAACUACUUUGCUUUAACUUAGCCAUAAAUGCUGUUGGUGAAUUUCUCUUGUCAUCCAAAGGUUGUGUGAAAACUUCAUCAGACAGUUUGAACAGGGGCAUUAGUUUGGAAGGGAAAGUUUAUGAUGUUCACCUGCAGGUUGUGGAGACGAUAUUAAAGGUGGAGUACUCUGGACGACCUGGAGUAGACGAAGAGUUCUGUAGAUGUUGCUCAAUUGCCUUUAGUGUAGAUAUUUUGCCUUCUGUUGUGUUCCAUAAAUGGGAUGUUAUGUUAUCUGAGAGCUCCGAUCAUUGUUAUUUACUGUUUGAUCUACAGAACAUAUCUGAUCAUGAUUUAGAAAUUCAUCAUUCUAACCAGUGUGUGUACCUUAAACAUGAACAAAUUAAAAGGAUAUGUAUAGAGAUAGAGCGUAGUGAACCAAAGCUGUUUGACGGAGAUGUACACUCUAGUGUUCAAUUUAGUCAAUUCCUAGCCACAUUUGUAGACAUUAGAUGGGAAAUUGUAUCCUUUCAAUCAAACAAACAUACAAUAGUUCAUGAUGUGAUACAGAAAGUUUGGGAUAAAAUUUCUUUAACUUUGGUUCAGCCAUCUUUAUCUGUAAGUGGUAAAGUUUGUAUAGACAACUUAUUGUGGACACCUGAACAACAACAACUAGUUUACAUAUCACCUGUUUCCUGGGAUGUUCGAUUGAACGGUCAGCUGAUUUCUCCGUUACAUAUAGGCUCGCUGGAGUAUAAGUUAGGACAAAUGGUAAAAGUGGAUGUAGAAGUCAAUGUAAAGCCAGAAUCUGACCUGGAGAAUGACGAUGCAGUUUUAACAGUAUAUUGUUGUCAACAUUGUGAUAAUGGGACGGUUAAUUAUAACACUGACAAUUAUGUGUGUACUAUAGGCUCACAGGCACUAGUCAUUCCAAAGAUAUCAGUGGAGGACACUAUUUCACAUUCCUGCAUGUUUAUGUUUACCUGUAGUGGGUUCUACAAAUUUGAAAUAAAAAUGCUGGUAAAAGGUCAAGCCAAGGGCAAAGGUCAAGGUCAUUCAGAGGUCAAAGUGGAGUCACUGCCAGAGUCUCGCACAUAUAAGUGUUCAUCUGUGAUAGAAGUUAAUAUAGUUGAUUAAAUAUAGUUAGAUUCUUAUACAUCAUUUCAUAAUUACACACCCAGUAAACAACAGAGCUAUCUCUAUCUUAGGUAUACCAUUUAUCACUCUGUCUCAACUUCAAAGUUAGUGCAUGUCACCAAAUUGAAGUGUCAACAAAGGUAACGUGUUGUCUAAUGUUAUAUAUUUUUGCAAACUCUAUAUCAAAUAUCUAAAAUAGAAGAAUGCUAUAUGAUGUAGAUUUGGAAAAAUGUCUUCAGGAAACUUAAAUUUUGAUGAUAGUUAUUUACCAUAUACCUUUGAAAGAGAUAGCUCUGUUGUUUACCAGGCAUGAAAAAUAAAUCCUGAACUUAAAGGGAACUCCCAAAGGGAACUCCCACUGAGGUUUUUUGACGUGAAGGUGCCGACAAUAUUUUUUCAAGAUUUUUGUAUAACUAGAUGUAUGUGUAGACCAAUAACUCAUGUACAAGAUUUCAGAUCAUUCGCUCACUCCUUUUCCCAGAAAUAAUUAUUUUUAUUGUGGCCCAAAAAAUAAAAAACGUUGCAACACUUUUCAUUCAAAUUGGCAAAAAGAAUCACAUAAAACUUGAUUAUCAAUGUAAUACCGUGUAUAAUUAUAUAUUAUUUAUUGCUUGGUUUUAAAUUUAAUUGUACCAGUUGAUUUAAGAAAGAAUUUCAAAUUUUUUUUAUUUUAGGCUAUUAGACCUCAGUGGAGUUCCUUUAAGGUCAGAAAACAGAAAAAAAAGGGAUCAGAUCAAAAUUGACAGACUGCCAUUGGUUAAUUUCACAUUUUAAAAUUUGAAUUCAACCAAUCAGAUUCUAGAAUUUUAGACUGGUCUCUGUUCUCAAGUUAAGUAAUGAUGGGACACAGUCUAUGACACUGUUGUAUAUUGUUUUGUUAUACUGCUAGUAAUGUUUGUUAUUGUUUAGCAUAAUGUGAACUGUUUUAUGUGGUUAUUGUAAACUAAGAUAUCAUUUAAAUCUCAUGUGAGCCGUCAUUUCAUAAAAGCAUACACAACUUCAUUUCGUAAAUUGACUUUCCCAGCUUCCUUUUUUUGGAACAGUUCACUAUUAAACUGUUUCAGUGCCUGUCUGUGAUUGAUUUUUCUACAAUGAUUAAAUGCUGAAUAUUCACUACUUCAAUGAUAAAGAAUUUUCACUUAUAUUCCACGGACAGUUAGCUGUUUUGUUUUUUGUGUGUAAAUUUUUGUAGCUAGUUUCAUUUGUCAUUUUAAAUUGUAUAAUUAUUUAAGUUGAUUAUGUUAGGUUUAUCAAAGGGUAUGUAUUACAGACAUGCAGUUAUUUUCACUGUAUCAUGCUUUCUUGGCUCAACUAUUGGAAGUCGGCAUCACACUUCUUUGAAGGUUAUGCUUGCAAGCAGUUAUCUCCAUAACUACUGAAGCGAAUGAGUUGAAACUAAUACACAUAUUUUAGAGCAUAAUAGGAGGUCACUGUGUAACUCUAAUACAGAUUUUGACAGAAUUAUGGCCCUUUUUGCUCUUGCGAUACUAUGAAGCAUUAAGAAUAGUUGAGCAUGCUGUCUCACUGACAGCUCUUGUUUGAUUUUAUAUGCAGAAAGCUUACUAUACAAUUAGCUUGAAAAAAGCACAACUCCAAAGUACUUCUUAUUUCUAUGAAAAUUAAGAAUAUCUAUGAAAAAGUUAAGAUGUUGUCAAGUAAACUGUUUAGUUUAAAAUGCAUUUAAUUACCUGGUUAAGUAUAUAAAAAUGGAUAGAAAUCACACAUUGAAAGUCUCACUGACAGAACACACAUUUACUGACGGGUACAUUAUAUUGCCAACGUAUUUUUGUGCUUUUACCUGUAGCAUUUCACUGCAGUAUUUUAUUCCAAUUCUUCAUUAGCUACCCCUUUUGUAAACUUGGACAAAUUUACCACACCAUUUCUAAAACAGCCUUUAUUUAAACUUUAGUAUUAGAAAAAUUAAUUUCUUUUUUAUUUGAAUUGAUUUUUGUUUUUAUUACAAAUGAUUUAAAUAGAGGAUGUUGAACGAGUGUAUAUUCAAUUCUGAAUUUAUUGAACAAGUUGAAUACAAUUAUUUUAGUCCCUGGCAAGGGUAAUACUUUUUUUCAACCAGUUCAAUAGUUUUUGUAAUGAAGCUACACAAAUAUAAUAUUCUAUUUAGCACAUAUCCAAAUAAGUAACAUUAACAGUAAAAAAAAGUCACUUUUUCAUUGAUUGCUUUAUAGUAUAAUGCAAAUUGCAAUAUUGUAUAAUCAUGUUUUGUUGACAAAUAUAAAGUGUUUUGUAAUUCUGACAGUGAAAGGGUUAAUGGUAAAAUUAAGUUAAAUGUUAAGUAUUUAGCUUGACUAUUCAAAGAAUAAGGAGAGCUAUUGUUCUCGACCCAGCGACCAGUGACAUCCCAGUGCCUGUGAUGCUGUCACUCUUUGGUUAAGUUUUUAUGUGCAAUCUCCAAAACUACUAAAGGGAAUUGGUUGAAACUUCACAUACCUGAUCUCUGUGAUAAUGUAAAAUGAUGGACACAGGUCUUAGUUACCUUUUUACAGAGUUAUGCCCCUUUCCCUACUGUACAGCACUAAGAAUAGUCAAGUUCAUUCUUUUUGUUCAAUCAACAGCUCUUGUUCAAUAGUUAAUACAUAGUAUAAUAAAACAAGUUUAAUUAAAGCAUUGAAAUAUUGUAUUUUUACGGGUUAGUGCAAUGAAUUAUUAGACAUAUAUAUAUUUAAACAUAGAAAUGAGAGUGCUUACUGUUUGAUUUAUAUAAAUAUUUGUUUGUAAAUAUAUGAGCCAUGUCACGACAAAACCAACAUAGUGCAUUUGCGACCAGCAUGGAUCCAGACCAGCCUGCGCAUCUGCGCAGUCUGAUCAGGAUCCAUGCUGUUCGCUUACAAACCCUAUUACAAGUAAAGAAACUUAUAGCGAACAGCAUGGAUCCUGAUCAGACUUCGCGGAUGCGCAGGCUGAUCUGGAGUCAUGCUGGUCGCAAACCCAUUAUGUUGGUUUUGUCGUGACGCGGCUCAUAUAUUCACUGAAGUAUGUAGCAUAUUUUUCAUAGAUGUUAAGUAAUCAAGUGUUAGGGUAAACCAAUGCAACAUUUAAUAACUUGUCACUAAUUAGGAGCACUAUUUAUGAAUGAGUAUGUUUUUGAAAUGACAUGUUCGCAUGUAAAGACAGUCUGAUUAUUAUAAAACUUAAUUAUUGAGGUAGGUUUCAUUUUGUUGUACAUAAAAUAAUUAUGAUGUAACUACAAGAAAUGACUUUAAUUUGUGCAAUAUGUAGAUUAAUCAAGAAAGCAUAUAUUCAUUGUUCAGUAUUUGAAAUAUAUAGACAGCUAAAACACAGAUAAGCAAAAAGUAACUAAUACAGUAGGUGAGCCCCUCUUCAUUAGAAGUUUAAUACUUGCCAUGCUAGUUAUUAGAGCUCUAAUCCCCUCUUCCAUGCUUUUAAUAGAAAUUCAAGCACCCUCCCCCAUACUUCCAUUACAAAUACUCACUGCUUGAAAUAUUGAUGUAUAUAAACAGGUGCUAUGAAAAGGCCAGUCUUUUCAAUUUGUAUCAUGCCCGACUAUUAUACCUGUAAAUCUUGUCUGUUGCAAACUGUCAAGUGGGAAUUAAAAUACGAACAUUUAUUUGUUGGCAUCCAAUUUAGCUCUCUAGCAUCACUAAAAAUUUGAUUUUUUUGGUUUUUCAUGGUAUUUUUCAUACAUAGGUAGCAUAUUUUGGUUUAUUCGGGAGCUUUUGUGCCAGGUUAAACAGAAAAAAAAGUUUAAAAAAAAGAGUCAACUCCCCUGCAUUCAUAAAGCUUCAUGUAAAUAAUAAACUGCCAGAGUUUAGUAAUAAAUUCUGAUUUUGUUCCUUUACUUUUUAUGCAACUGGGGCAUAUUGAUUUUGGACUGUCUGUCCGUGUUUUGUCAAUAAAUUAUACACAGUAAAUUGUAAUAAAAUUGCAGUAAAUAAUACAGUGAUGCCAUGUCUACACUGUUAACUUUCCAUGAUCAACCCAUUCACCCCUAGGGAACCCCUGAAGAAGAUAUUUAUCAUAUAGCCAUUAUAACAGCCAUUGAGACAUGCAGUUACUAGAAAAGAACUUAUUUCAACUGGCUAAUACUAUACUAUUCCGCCUUCAUUUCCCGUUUCAAGUUCCUGUCCUGGGUA